AGCCGCGGCUUCGCUUCGACACCGCGCAAACGAGGUGAGGCAAGUCCAGGUCGCCAAACCACAACACAUCAGCCUUCGCCUUUCGAUUAGUGUUUGGCCAGCCUCAAACAUGCAAGUGUCUCCGUCCAUUCGCCUAUCAUGACCACAGGCUCGCCCGACUUGGGCGACAAUCCACACAACGAAAAUGCCGAAGCACAGUCUGAGUCCGAGUCCGAGUCCAGCCCAGAGCUCGUCAAGGUCGAGCCUCGGCCAGAGCACGACGCUCCUGUCCCUCGCGAAACCGAGGAGAGCGACGAUAGUGGCGAGGGUGAGGACAUAGCAGAGGCAGAUGACUCUGGAGACGAUGACGAGUCAGAUGAUGAAGAAGACGAGCCCAAGCUCAAGUAUGCACGACUCACCUCGCACUUGAACUCCGUCUAUAGAGCCGAUAUGACCAGUGCUUUCCUCGUCGCUGGCGACAAGAUGCUGAUGGGCACCCACGGAGGCAACAUUCAUGUCGUUCAACUGCCAGCCUUUCAAUCCUUGCGAAACUACCACGCCCAUUCAGCUUCAGUAACCACCGUGUCGAUAUCCCCAUUCCCACCGCCAUUGCCUCCCACUUCUCUCCAGUCAGCAGUGGCCGCAAGAGCCGUAUCUCAGUCCACAAGCCAAAAGCCUUCAUCUGUGCAUUCGCGGAAGCCGACUGCCACCGACUCUCCGCGCAAACCACGCGAGCCCGAUGCACUGCCGAACAUACCCUCAAAUAACAUAUACGUCGGCACGUCUUCCAUGGAUGGCAAUGUCUGCGUACAAUCCCUCAUGGACAUGAAAGAUGUCUCCUUGAGGAACUUCGCUCGCCCUGUUCAGGCUGUUGCUCUGUCGCCAGACUACAAAAACGACAGGACUUACCUUUCCGGUGGAACCGCCGGGAGCCUCAUCCUCACAGUGAAUCCCCCUCAGGGCCGAAGCACCUCGACCACCAUUGGCACCGCCGCUGCAGCAGCUUCUGGCUGGCUCGGCAGCAUGGGUCUGGGCACCAACACCGGCAAGGAUACGGUACUGCAUUCCGGAGAAGGCAUCAUUAGUACCAUUAAAUGGUCCUUGUCUGGCAAGUACGUUGUCUGGCUCAACGAACAUGGAAUCAAAAUAAUGCGGUCCAAGUUACAGCUCGAGUCGGCUGAUGCAGAAGAUGCCUGGAAACGCAUCGGCCAUAUUGACAGACCACAGACCGAUGAGUGGGAGGAAAUGGCUGGUGUGUGGAAGGGUCGAGCUGAGUGGAUCGACGAACAAGCAAUUGAGACGGACGAGGAUGGCAAAGCUCCUGAGCCCGUCUCGGAGCCCUCACCUGCGACGGUCAAGAAAACUACAAGGCGCGGAAAGAACUACGAGCGAUUACUUGUCGGAUGGGGUGGUACGAUCUGGAUCAUACAUGUUCAUCCAGGAGGCGUCGGCGUGGGAAGAAACGUAGGCGAGAAAUCCAUUGGUAAAGCGGAGAUCGCGAAGAAGCUACGCAUGGACUGCAUUAUUUCCGGCAUUUCCUUAUAUACCCAGAAUUUACUUCUUGUUUUAGCAUACUGUAAGCCUGAAGAAGAGGAGGACGAGACCGAAGACGACAUCAAGCAUGUAAAAGGGCACAAGUCGCAGUUAUCAACAACAUCCGCCGGAAGUGAGCCCCCGGGUGGAAAGAAACACCGCCAGGAUGCUCUGGCACCGGAACUACGACUAAUUGAUCUUGUGUCGCAAGCCGAAAUCGACAAGGAUAGCUUGACUGUUAGUCGUUAUGAGCGGCUUUCUUCAAACGAUUAUCAUCUCGGCGUACUGCCAGCCAACAAUGCGGCAUCGGUAGUUGAAUCGCGAGGCGUGUUAGAAGCCAUGACCAACUUCGGCGCGGACAUGUGGAAUGCCACUAUCAAUCCGAAAUCCCUGUUCAGCUCCGGUGCGAGCAUCAGAAGUAACAAGGAUAGUAAUGAUGGGACAUCCAGCACGCAGGUUGGAAGCACGUUGGGUAGUGUACGAAUGUCUUCAAAGUCCCCAUCCCAGACAGUGCAUCCCAACCUCGUCAAGCCAGGUGCGAAAAUAUUCAUUCACAGUCCGUAUGACUGCAUCCUGGCCACAAAGAGGGAUCUAGGAGAUCAUUUGGCGUGGCUUUUGGAGCAUCACCGAUACGAAGUCGCCUGGGCUCUUCUAGACGACCACCCCGAGAUCAUGGCGUCGCCUCCUGAAAAACCCUCUGAGCUUGCUCCGUCGACCCCUAGCAAGUCGCAACAAAGCAGCAAUGACCCGUUCGAUGAUGACAUUUCCGUUGCCGAGUCUCAAGUGCGAUCUCAAAACUUUUCCGUCGAGCAAGAAAAGCGACGGAUUGGAGAGAUGUGGAUUCAAGAGCUUGUCGAGACGGGUGAGUGGAACAGAGCUGGUCAGAUUGCUGCUAAGGUUUUGAACACUCCAGAACGGUGGGAGAAGUGGGUCUACACAUUUGCUGGAGCAAAGAAGUUCGAUGAGAUCGUCAACUUCGUACCAUCUGAACCUUUGCGGCCCCCCAUUCCCGGUACAGUGUAUGAGAUACUACUUGGCCACUACAUACAGACAGACAAGCCUCGUUUCAAGGAGUUGCUCGAGCACUGGGAUACCGAUCUCUUUGACAUACAUACCAUCAGUACUGCGCUCGAGAACCAGCUCAAGUAUCGCGAUGUUCGAGAAGACAGCAUUGAUGACGGCGAAAAGGGACGGGAUUGGCGGAUCGUGGUGGAAUCCCUUGCACAUCUGCAUGAAGCCAAUGGGAAGCAUCGAGAAGCUUUGAAGUGCUACAUCAAACUUCAGGACGCAGACUCUGCUAUGCGGCUGAUAAGGGAAAACCACUUAGCUGAUGCUGUUACGGAUGACGUUCCAAGCUUCAUCGCGCUUAGAGUGCCCGAAGCAGAACUGAACCGUAUGACCCACGCUGAAAUCGAUGAGGCGACCUCAGAGGCCAUCACGCUUCUUGUCGAAGAGGCACAGCGUGGUCUUAUCAGACCCGAAAUCGUCGUCCGGCAGCUCGAGAAGAAGGAUAUGAAUCUUUAUCUGUAUUUCUACUUGCGCGGCCUUUGGAGGGUGUAUCGCGAGCAGCAGGCGGAUGAGGCGGUUUGUCUUGUAGACGACUUCGCUGAUCUUGCAGUGCACCUGUUCGCAACGUUUGGCGACCGAGACCUCCUGAUGGAUCUGUUGAAGGUAUCAUCUAGCUACACAUUCGAGAAGGCAGUGCAGGAAUGCGAAAGCCGCAAUUACGUUCCCGAGCUGGUCCAUUUGUACUCGGUGACCGGAGAGAUGAAGCGGGCGCUCUAUUUGAUUAUUGACAGACUUGGCGACGUCUCACAAGCUAUCGCCUUCGCCAAAGAAAAAGAUGAUCCUGGUCUGUGGGAGGAUCUCUUAAACUACAGUAUGGAUAAGCCGAGGUUUAUUCGUGGACUACUCGAGGAAGUUGGUACAGCCAUCAACCCCAUCACGCUGGUGAGGCGUAUACCAGAAGGACUUGAAAUUCCGGGCUUGAGAGAAGGUCUGAAGCACAUCAUGAAAGAGCAUGAGAUUCAGUACAGCAUCUCGUCUGGUGUAGCUCGUGUCCUGCGCUCUGAAGUUGCAGCUGCACAAAAUAUGCUGCGGAUGGGUCAGAGGAAAGGAAUCAAAUACAACAUCCAGUUCAAGGCUCCAGAUCACGUCGAUGUUGAGACCAAAGGAGUGCCCACCAUUGUCACGAAAGGGAAGGGGACUGUGAGUGGAACAGCCACACCUACAGUCCCGGAGAUUGUGGAUCCUGCAACGGAGCAUGCCGUUUCCGGCGGUGCCAAGGUACAACAACCGGAGCAUGAUCACCGUGCCCCACAGCCGGGACACUGCGCUAAGUGCCAUGAGCCCUUCACGGAGUGGGAAACAGAAACCCUGGUCGGAUUUGCGUGCAGCCACGUUUACCACGUGAGCCAUCUCCUAGAGUAUCUACAUCCGGAUGAAAAGCCGGACCAAAGCAUUAUAGAUUAUGGAAAUGAUGACGAAGACAGGCUUCGAGGAGGUCGUUUUGUGGGCAGCAAGGUUACCCAUGCGAGGCUCUUGAGAGACAAGAUUGCGGCCGGUUGUCCAGUGUGUAGAAACAAGCGGGAGGAGGUUGAGGGAAUAUCCUGAUCGGACAAUGGUAUCGAGGUUGAAGGAACGCAUCACCUCAAGCAGAGCUAGGCGCCAAUCAUUUUGUACUCAUCAUAUUCGGCAG